UGGAGACACGCGUCGAACACCCAACAACAAAUUUGACACACUCUUCCGCUUAACUCUUCGAUUUUCUCUCCCACAUCACUCACUCACUCACUCUCUCUCUUUCUCUCGCUCAUCUCUAUCCGUUUUGUUCGCGUUCUUUCACAUGAUAUAAAUGCAAAACCUCAAAUAAUUCACAAAUUAACAAACCCUAGAUAUUACCAAAAAAAAUACACACCUUGAUUUUAUAUACAGACGAACCGGAAUCUUUUUUUUUUCCAAAUGGCCGACAUACAGCCACCGGAGAGUCACGUAAACGGUGGUGGUGGGGGCGGCGGGGGAGGCGCCACAGGAGGAGGACCAGUUGCUGUUACGUCAUCGGAAACGGUUGGGUCAAAACGGCAGCGUAGGCCUAGUGUCCGACUUGGCGAAAUCGGCGGUGACCAGCUUUAUGAUACGCAUCCACGUAGGACGGUGAGUAAUAAUAAACAGUGGAAGAAUCAUCAGCUAUUAUCUACUGAUCAUAAAAGGGACGAUAAUAAAGGCUCAAAGACCCGAGCUUUAACGAAUUUAAGCACUACUAGUGGUGAGUUUGUUGAAACCCUAGAUGACGAUAAAGAGGUUAAUUUGGAUACAGUUGCAAUUGGAAGUUGGCGAGUUAGUAAGGAUUCAAAAAAGAGGGCAUCUAAUGCUACAACGAAGCGAGUAAGAUCCAAUUGGGUUUCAAAGAUUGAUGAUACUGGUGGUGGUGGUGGCAAUAUUAAUAAUGAUGUUGAUGGCGAUGAGAAAUACAGUGGGGGUGAAGACGUUGAUGAUGGGUAUCGAGAAUUCGAUAUGGAAAAUUCAGAAAGUCCUUUGAAAGAACAGAGUCCUGUGCAUUCUCUUGAGAAUCUAGGAGAUGGAAAUGAGAGAAAUGAGAGAGAAAUUUAUUACAAUAAUACGAGGACAAUUAGGGCGAGAGAUAAUCAUAAUCAUCAUCAUGAUGGGGUUGAAUUGUCUGGCCCGUCAGAUACUGAUGUUAGAGAUUACAGGAACAAUGGGAGGUGUGGUGGUGGUGGAGGAGGAGGGGAGGAUGGGGUUAGGAUUUGGUUGAAUAGUAUAGGGUUAGGACGGUAUGCGCCGGUUUUUGAAAUUCAUGAGGUGGAUGAUGAGGUUUUGCCUAUGUUGACAUUGGAGGAUUUGAAGGACAUGGGCAUUAAUGCAGUUGGUUCAAGAAGAAAGAUGUUUUGUGCCAUCCAAAAGCUCGGGAAAGGGUUUUCUUGACGAUUCGAUUUUUGUUGAGCUUGUAGUUUUGGUUUUAUAACAGCGGAUAUUGUCUCUCAGCCAUGGUAAUUAAAGAUGCAUCAUGUCUGAACUUAAAAUUGAGUAAUUUUAUUUCUCUCUACUAGAAGCUGUAGUAAUAGUUUUGGAAUGAGUAGGACAUAUUGGUUAGUAUUUCUUGUUGCACUAUAUGAAUGCUUUUUUAGUUCAGUGCAAUUAAUUUUCUAUUA